ACACUCUAGAAAACAAUUGUGUCUCAAUAACCUCACUUAUUGUUUUGAUCUCUCGCAGCAACUUGCGAACACACCUCCACACGUUACCACUACAGUAAACUCCAACCUUAUGUGCAAGUGACUUUUUUAGUAUGUCCUAUCCAUUGACCUGCGAGCAAGAGCGACAUUGUAGCAAUUUUUUCAGCCAGCUCAGUUUGCUUCUCCGACCUCAUCUAUACCAUUAAUAUUGAGUCUGGACCCCGAUGGGAUCUAUUGAAAACUCUAGUUCCAGCCUGGGUAGCAACAGUUUUUGCUCCAAGUUUCUCGGGAAGUAUAACCCUUACUUAUGAAAAACUAUUAGGUUCUCAAGAUUAUAGUUCUUCGUCAGAUGCAAUCCAACAUUCCAACUUUGGUUUAUCGCUCAAGGCACUGCUGAUCAAAACAAAGAAAGCAAGAAGAGUCUAUUUCGGAAGGGUUAAUGCCCAGAUGUGUAAUACUGUAGCCUAUUGUGGCUAUCUCUUAUCUAAGUUGAUGCUUCUAUUCAGGUCUUUCAAGACAUGUAGAUCAGUACGGAAUCAAGCAAAGCUGUUAUACACCAAUGGUGUGUUGCGAUUUAAACAGCUUUAAAAAAGUAAGGAUUUAGCAUGGAACAUUCCUUGGGAAAGUCCACGGACGUACGACUGAGUUUAACUCACUCAUGCUUUUGUGUACCACUCUAGAGGAACAAACUGUUCAGCAUGUUGGUUUUUGUUAAGUUAGGCCCUGAGUUUUGGCAGUUUCAAGAGCAUGUUUUGCUGGAAGUGUUGUACCAGGCUACCUUGCACGGUCUUUGUGAAGAUCUUGGCAUACCAUUUCAAUCUACAAUGCUUAAAUGGGAAGCAGGGGCAAAACCAUAUGAUGGAAUUUGGGCUCCAUGGUGGUAUGAAUCCAUACAUAAGUCAACGUGUUUCACUCCGCCUCGAAAGUAUCCUUUGCCUUUUCCGCUGUCUUUGUAUGAGUUGCUGGAGCAAAGCCUUCCUUUAUAUAACAUGCUUCGGAGUCAUUCCAGAAGGACUUUGCCUCUUCCCAAAAUUCCUAUUCCAGCUAAUGAAAAGCUUCUUGCAUGGGUUGGGGAUGAACUUUUGCCCCGUGAGAGUGCAAAGGUCUCCGUGUUUGAUUCUGUUGUCCAAGGAGGUGAUGCAGUCUGGGAAGGGCUUCGAGUUUAUACCGGGAAGAUAUUGAAGCUUGAAGAUCAUUUAGAUCGGUUGUUUGACUCAGCUAAAGCCCUUGCUUUCUCUAGUGUUCCAACUCGUGAAGAGAUCAAGGAUGCCAUAUUCAAAACACUUAUAAGUAAUGGAAUGUUUGACAAUGUGCAUAUACGACUAACUUUAACACGGGGCAAGAAGGUAUCUUCCGGAAUGACUCCUGCUUUAAACCUUUAUGGAUGUACUUUGAUUGUGCUUCCUGAAUGGAAACCACCUGUCUAUGACAAUGCAAAAGGCAUCAUGUUGGUGACAGCAACCACUAGGCGUAAUUCUCCAAAUAAUUUGGAUUCCAAGAUUCACCAUAACAACCUUCUCAACAACAUUCUUGCUAAGAUAGAAGGGAAUAAUGCAAAAGCUGAUGAUGCCAUCAUGCUCGAUAAAGAUGGCUAUGUGGCGGAAACAAAUGCUACAAACAUUUUCUUGGUGAAGAAAGGCCAUGUGAUGACACCUCAUGCCGACUUCUGCCUUCCUGGUGUAACAAGAGCAGCAGUGAUAGAGCUAGUUCUGAAGGAGAAUUUGGUUUUUGAGGAGCGACGCAUUAGUCUAUCAGAGUUUCACACUGCAGAUGAGGUUUGGACCACUGGAACUAUGGGGGAACUUACCCCGGUCACAAAGAUUGAUGGGCGGCUUAUUGGAAGUGGCCAUGUAGGCCCUAUAACAUUUAGGUUACAAGAUGCUUACCGAAAGCUCACAGAAGAGUCAGGAGUUCCAAUACCAACUUAUCAGAUGACGUGAAUAUUGUGGGUCUCUAAAGGUUUGUAAGAUGGUGGGCUGUGAGCUGAGGAGUUUCUCUUUAUCACUUUGCAUUGAAGAACGGAGAGAUGGUCAACGGUUGGUUAUCAGCUACCCUAUGGUCAUGGUGUUAUAAACUAGUCAGUAAUAAGGCAUAAAACCCCAUUGGUUUAAUGUGCAGCUUUGUUUCUUUGUUCUGGCAAUAAAAGGUUGUGUAAUAUGUAACCUUGUUCGAAAUGUAAGGGAUAUGAAGUUGAAAUGUCCCAUUUUACAUUCUAUGAUUCCUUUCGUGAAUAACAAUCGUAUGUGUAUAAAUACUACCCCAAUCAUAUAACGAAGUACACCGUACUUUUUAUUUUCCAAGAUGACAAUAAUAGUUUUCGUCUGUU